AUGUGUCAGAAAGAACAUCAACGACGAUACCCUAUGGAAAAAGUGACGAACAAGGAGUUAGUAGUCAAAUGCUCAGAAGCUUGGAAGGGAAUGAAUACCGAUGAAAAGGAACGUUUCCAUGAUUUGGCGGCAAAAGAUGGUGAGCGAUAUAGUGCAGAGAUGGCUGCAUUUAUGCAAAACAAAGGCACCAAACAGAAAUGGAAAGAUCCGAAUGCUCCGAAGAAGCCUCUAUCUGGAUACGUUUGGUUCACUUUAAAGCAGCGUGCUGAAGUACAACCUGAUCCAUCGAAACACAAGCAAACUUUAAAAGAGCUGGCGGAAAUGUGGAGGAUGAUGGACGCGACCGAGCGUCAACCUUAUGAAGAAUUGGCAAAAAGGAGCAAAGAACGCUAUCAUCAGGAGUUACAAGAAUAUGAGUCACAUAAGCGAAUCAAAUUAUCAACGGAAAAGGCAACGUCAUCACGCGCAGAGCCCAUCUAUUUUACGAAAGAGGUGCCAUAUUCAAUCGCUCCAGUUGCUGAAAUGCAUUCACCUAGCUUUUUGUCAUCACAAGCACCAGUUGAAGCCAUUAUGACUGUUGAUGGUCUCACCUAUGCUCCCAACUAUUCAAAUGGUUUUUACGAAAUGGAGUCUUCGCAGCAGGCAAUGGUGCACAACUAUUAUUCUGCGGUUUCACAGCUGGAUUAU